CCUGUCUUUGUUGCUUGAUCACUCGCGCUUCUCCAGAUGUAAUCUCCAGGCACUGCCAUCAAAGCAUGUCCUCUAGCCUCUUGCGAGCGAUGUCCACCGCUUUAGCUCGGCUCGGGGCCUGUCAAUGGCUUUGCCCGGUGCAAUCUCCCAGGCUACCGUGAGCAGUACAAGUAUCUCAAGAUGCCCAAAGCCUCGACCUUUUUCUCUUUGCAUACUAAGCUAGAACUUCAGUAUCCAGAAAGCCUUGACUCCGGUCGUCCACUCUUUCGAGUUCAGCUCCAACCACGUUCAUUUUAAUACACCAACCUCUUCGCCUUUCGAAGCCCUUAUAAUUUUCGAUUUCCGGUAAUUCGAACCCAAACGACAAACCCAACAACACCAAAAUGCGUACCUCCGUCGCCAUCGCCGCCGGCCUUGUUGCCGCUGUUUCGGCCAAGACCUACUCUGUCACCGUCACCGACGAUGUGACCAUCACCUCCUGCGGCCCGACCGUCACCAACUGCCCAUACAAGCCAACUUCCGCGGCCGCCGACAGCACCGAGACCUGGGGUGACUGGACCACGACCACCACCAGCAGCAAGCCCGUCUCGCCUGUGAGCACCUCGACCAGCUACGACCCAACUUGGGGUGACUGGACCUCCACCUCGAGCACCCCCGUUGCUCCAGUGAGCACCUCGACCAGCUACGACCCAACUUGGGGUGAUUGGACCUCCACCUCGAGCACCCCAGUUGCGCCAGUGAGCACCAGCUCUUCCGCUCUCUGCCCCAGCUACACUGCCACCACUCCUCCGGCUUGGUUCUCUCUCCUGCCAACCUCGGUCAUCAGCUCCAUCUCUGCUGCCUGGACCGGCGCUCCUCCCGCCGACUGGUGCUACUGGACCUACAGCACCUCCUCCAUCAGCACCACCAGCACUCCCGUCAAGCCAACUGCCAGCACCCCAGUUGCCCCAGUCAGCGAGACCACCACUCCAUACUGGCCAGCUGGCACUUCCAGCACCCCAGUUGCUCCUGCUUCCACUGGUACUGGUGCCGUCUGGUCGUACUCUCCAUCAAGCCCAGUCAGCCCUGCUACCUACACUGGUGCUGCUUCAGCCAAUGCUGGCUCCUUCGCCCUUGCCGGUCUCGUUGCCGCCGCCGCCGUUGUCAUGGCAUAAACGCCUUGACUUUUUGCGCUUUUGUUUUGUCACGAUUCACAUGGCCACAUUCUAAGGACAGGAAAGCAUGUCUGGGGAGGGUGGUGAGAUCAACAUAACAUGAUUGGAGAUAGGAUUCUUUGCAUAUCUUUUGGACGCAUCAAGUAGGUGCUGGCUAGGACCACUGUAGCUAGCAUUGCGUAAUACCUAUUCUUUUACCGGA